AUAAGCAGGCCCUCCCCUCCCGUCCCCAAAAAUUCCAGCCCUCCAUUUCUCAUUAGCUCUUGCUAAGCUUCUCUCCUUCCCUCCCUCCCCCUCCUCGAGGGCGCGAGCUUUUAGUUCACCAGUUACUCUCUCAGCCCCCGUAGCUUGAUUAGCAGGAGCUUUCUUGGGAAGUGAAUCAGCGGUCGAGGCUGGCAGCUAGGGUUUUGUAGGGGUCGCGAUCGCCUCGUUGUCGAUCGAGCAGGUGUACUAGCUAGCUAGGCCGGGGCUGUGCCGAUGAUCAUGGCGAACCCGGCGACGAUGCUGCCGCCCGGCUUCCGGUUCCACCCGACGGACGAGGAGCUGAUCCUCCACUACCUCCGCAACCGCGCCGGCAACGCGGGGUGCCCGGUCGACAUCAUCGCCGACGUCGACAUCUACAAGUUCGAUCCAUGGGACCUGCCAUCAAGGGCGGCGUACGGGGACAAGGAGUGGUACUUCUUCAGCCCGCGCGACCGCAAGUACCCGAACGGGAUCCGGCCGAACCGCGCCGCGGGCUCCGGCUACUGGAAGGCCACCGGCACCGACAAGCCCAUCCACAGCAGCGCCACCGGCGAGAGCGUAGGCGUCAAGAAGGCGCUCGUCUUCUACAAGGGCCGCCCGCCCAAGGGCACCAAGACCAACUGGAUCAUGCACGAGUACCGCCUUGCCGCCGACGCCCAGGCCGGCCACACCUACCGCCCCAUGAAGUUCCGCAACGCCUCCAUGAGGCUGGAUGACUGGGUGCUGUGCCGGAUCUACAAGAAGACCAGCCACGCGUCGCCGAUGGCGGUGCCGCCGCUCUCCGACCACGAGCAGGACGAGCCGUGCGGCGGCUUCGACGAGAACCCCUACGCCGCGUCGUCGAGCGCCGCCAUGCUCGUGCAGGGCGCGUACCCGGCGCUGCAGGCCGCGGCCGGCGCCGCGCAGAGGAUGCCCAGGAUCCCAUCCCUCUCCGAGCUCUUCAACGAUCCCUCGCUGGCGCACUUCUUCGAGGACGCCGGCAGCGUCGUCCCGGACAUGGCGCGGCUCGAUCAGCAGCACCAUCACCACCAGCACGCCGGCGCCACUCUCCUCGGCCACCCCGUCACGAGCCAGCUACUGGUCAACAGCAUGCACGGGCAGACGAUCCCGCAGAUGGAUUCGUCUGCCUCGACGUCGGCCGCCGCGGGCGACGGCGCUGCCGGCAAGCGCAAGAGAUCAUCGGAGACGAGUACUAACGCCGGCACGGCAUCUGCAGCGAAGAAACCGAACGGCUCCUGCUUUGGUGCAACGUUCCAAAUAGGCAACGGGCUGCAGGGGUCCCUGGGCCACCACAUGCUGCUCCAUUCUAACACGGGGAUGAACUGACAGAUUGGUCUCCACUGAAAGCUACUAUACUCGAGCAUUAAAUUGGGAUUUGAACAUUGGGCUCUAAAUAUAGGGCGGAGAAACAUAAAGAAAUGGUUAAUAUAUGGGUAAAGGGAUUGUACUUGUAGAUUCCAGUAGUAGUGUCAACUAGGGACACCAUAGUUGAUUGGGUUUGUGGUGUGUAAACAUUUUGUUCUCUUGUAUAUAGGGGGUGUUUGGUUCCA